CAUAUGAUCUGGCACGAGGAGAAGCCUGGAGCUGCCACGGUCACCAGCUGGGUUCUCAAGAAGACAAGAGGGGAAGACAAAAUAUCUCUGUAUCUAUCUCCACACUCACACUCCUCCCAGCUAUCUCCGACCCCCCCCCCCGCCUGCUCCCGCUCCCGCUGCUGCCGCCGCCGCGUCCAGUGAAGUGCGAGCAAUCCGAAGUGUCGACUGGCAAGGAGCGAGCAUCUCCGGCGUGGUGGGGAGAGGUAGCGAGGGAGGCAGAGAACACGGGUGCCUCGCUCCUGGGCAACUUGGCGGGAACUUUCCUGUCCCUCAGAGCCGAGGCAACAAGUGAGGAGACCGGCUGCAGAGCGGAGCGAGCCAGAGGGCACCACAGGUCAGCUCCGUGGGCAUUGAGCCGGGCUGCGUCCGUGGGCACCAAACCGGGCUGCGUCCGUGGGCACUGAACCGGGCUGCGUCCGCGGGCACCGAACCAGGCUGCGCUCGCCGGCACCGAACCAGGCUGCGUCCACGGGCACCGAGCCGGGCUGCGCUCGCCGGCACUGAACCAGGCUGCGUCCGUGGGCACCGAGCCGGGCUGCGCUCGCCGGCACUGAACCAGGCUGCGUCCGUGGGCACUGAGCCGGGCUGCGUCUGUGGGCACCGAGCCGGGCUGCGCUCGCCGGCACUGAGCCGGGCUGCGUCCGUGGGCACUGAGCCGGGCUGCGUCUGUGGGCACCGAGCCGGGCUGCGCUUGCCGGCACUGAACCAGGCUGCGUCCGUGGGCACCGAAACAGGGCUGAGUCCGUGGGCACCGAGCCGGGCUGCGUCCACGGGCACUGAGCCAGGGCUGUCUCUCCUCCACUGACUCUUUGGGGGGUUCCGAUCCCACCCCCCACCCACCCACCAGGCUCCAUCUCUUGAGAAGCUUCCACCAUUACAUCCAAAAGCGAAGACGACUUCCUAGCCCUGGCCGCGUCCAGGCUGAGCCGCAAGAAGAGGGUGAUCGGCGCGGCCAUCGGGGUGGCCAUGGUGCUGGUGCUGCUGGUGGCCAUCCCGCUGCUGGUGCACAGCUCCAAGGCCACCUCGCAGUACGAAAUGUUGGGCAGCUGCCGCAUGGUCUGCGACCCCUACACGCCCCAGACCCACGGGGCGGCCUCCGCUGAAGCCAGCCAGGAGCUGGCCGUCAUCUCCCCGCCCCCGUUCCUGCCAGGGGGCAAAGGGGACCAAGGGAGGAAGGGCAAGUCUGGGAUCCGGGGGCUGCCGGGCCCCCCAGGGCCGCCAGGGCCACGCGGUCCGGCUGGAGAGCCGGGCAGACCGGGGCCGCCGGGGCCACCGGGGCCAGGGCCGGGGGGCUACAUCCCGUCCUUCUACAGCCCCAAGAUCGCCUUCUACGCCGGGCUCCGGAAGCCCCACGAGGGCUAUGAGGUGCUGCGCUUCGACGACGUGGUGACCAACGUGGGAAACUACUAUGAGCCGUCCAGCGGGAAGUUCACCUGCCCCCUGCCUGGCAUCUACUUCUUCACCUACCACGUGCUGAUGCGCGGCGGCGACGGCACCAGCAUGUGGGCCGACCUCAUGAAGAACGGGCAGGUGCGGGCCAGCGCCAUCGCCCAGGACGCCGACCAGAACUACGACUAUGCCAGCAACAGCGUCAUCCUGCACCUGGACGUGGGGGACGAGGUUUUCGUCAAGCUGGACGGUGGAAAGGUGCACGGGGGGAACACCAACAAAUACAGCACGUUCUCCGGCUUCAUCAUCUACCCGGACUGAGCCCCUCUGCACCCCCGGCCUGAGCCCGUCGGCACCCCCAGCGUUGCCCUGGGACCCCUGGACUGAGCCCGUCUGCACCCCCAGACUGACCCCCUCUGCAUCCCCAGUGUCGCCCUGGGGUCCCGGACUGAGCCCCUCUGCACCCCCAGACUGACCCCCUCUGCACCCCCAGCAUCGCCCCGGGGCUCUGCUCUGGGAAAUGAACUGGACAGACCCCCGGGCUCCUGGCGGGGCGGGGGGCUGCGGGCGGCUGGGUCUAGGGGUGCAGGGGGAACUAGGGGCUUAGGGCAUCUGCUCUGGGCCCCCCAGACGUUACCAGCCCCUGAUGACAUGGGGGGGUGGCUGCAGUCGGGGGGGAAUCAGGCUGCAGUGGGGGCCCAAACCCACUAUCAGCUGGGGGGAGGCACUAACCAUCUCCUUGCAAUUGGCGGGGUUGCUGGGUGGGGCCCAUGGGGGGGGACCCUGGGAAGGGAGGGGUCAGGCAUGGAUGUGGCGUUGGGGUGGGGGGCUGCAGUUCUGAAGUGGCUGGUCUUUCCCCCCCCCGGGGCCCUGCCCCCCCCCCAGCCUGGGGGGACGGGAUGGCACUGGCAGAUUGGGCAGAAAAUUCCCCCCUCCCCUCCCUCCGGAGCCUCCCAAUCUUAGAUGACUUGACCUUCAUCCAGAGCUGGGUGGACGUCAGGGGGGACCUGGGAAAACAGCCCCCAGAUGCCUGACAGGUCUCGCCUCCUCCUCUGCUCAGAUCCUCCCCCCCCCCCAGACACCCCUGGGGCAGGAGAGAUGCCCGCCUGCCCCCUGGCAUUGGGGUACAAAUGGGGCAUCCCAGCUCCCCCCCCCAGAUCACUGCCCUUGUACAGAGGCCCCCACAAACCCCCAAAGUGGGGAGAACCCGCCUACCCCUCAUCUCUUCUCCCCGGAUUAUACUCUGCCACCAUCCGCAGCCCCACAAGUCUCUUGCAUGAAGGGUUGUGGGGUGGCCCUAGAUAUCGCUAUAUAUAGACUGGGGGGGGUGCCCAUUUGGUGCUGCCCAAGGGAUGGUCUCAUGUCCCAUCGACUGGCUGACGUGCACCUGUCUGUAUAUAAUAUAAUCUCGGCACUGCCCCCUGCUGGAGGCCAUUGGAGCUGCUCAAGCACGUGUCAUAGACCCUGUAUGGCUAAGGGCCGAUGGCGAGUCCCUCUCCCAGUCAGCCUUCAGGAGCGGGAGGAUCCGAGUCCCACUGGUGUAAUAGAGAGAUGGGCCUGGCUGGGCCAGGGGUCUCCCCCAUCACAGCUGCCUACUGCAGUGGGGGGCUUCCCUCUGCCCCCAUGGCUAGCCGGGCAGGAGGAGUGGGGGGGCAGCAUACACACAACACCCCCCAUUCCACCACAGCCCCCACUGCUGUUCCC